CGGGGCGCACCACUGCCCGCUAUAAAAGGCGUUAGGCGCGUCCCUUCGAGGUCUGGGAGACGCUCCGCCGCCACGGACUCUCGGCCUGGCUGGCUGCACAGGCGACCUCGAGGACGGACGGAGAUGAGUCCCGCCAAGAGGCUCCGGCUCCGGCUCUCCUCGCUCCAGCUGCUGCUGCUGCUCUGGGCCGCCCCGCGACCUUGCGCAGCGGGCGACGAGGAGGAGGAGGACGACGACUCAGGUGUUCCGAGGCACAAGGACCAUCACUGGAGCUACCAAGACAUGCCAGAGUGGGCAUCCGAGUUCCCCCACUGUGAGGGUCGCAUGCAGUCUCCCAUCAACAUUGACACAGCUGCUGUCAGCUUCAGUGCCAAGCUGGAACCCCUGGUCCUGUCUGGCUACGAUUUGCCUCCCAAAGAGACGUUGCCCCUGGUGAACAACGGCCACACGGUUCUUCUAGGUCUGCCCAAGAAAAUGACUCUCAGUGGGGGUGGCUUCCCCCAGCCGUACCAAGCAGCCCAGCUGCACCUGCAUUGGGGAUCGGGGCACACCCAGCCUGGCUCUGAACACACAGUGGAUGGGCACCGUUACGCGGGUGAGAUUCAUGUGGUCCAUUAUAGCUCCCGAUUUGAGAGUCUCCAGGAGGCUGCGAGUGAGCCUGGAGGGCUGGCUGUGCUGGCCGCAUUUCUGCAGGUGGGGAUGGAAACAAAUGAACCAUAUCAGCACAUCCUCAAACAACUGAGGGAUAUCAAGGAGGAAGGAGAGGAAACGGCCGUUGCCGGCUUCGAUGUAGCCAAGUUGCUUCCUGACGACCUCGAUCGCUAUUUCCGCUACAACGGCUCCCUGACCACCCCACCUUGUUACCAGACGGUGAACUGGACAGUCUUUAACCAGACAGUCCGGCUCUCCCAGGAACAGAUCUCUGUGCUGGAGGAGACCCUCCAUGGAGACGAGGAGGAACCCAUCCAGAGCAACUUCCGCCUGCUCCAGGACCUUAAUGGCCGGAGCGUCCUGUCAAGUUUCCAGAGCCUGGAGAAGGUUCAGCCACCAGGUGGCGGGCCCUUGGAGAAGGGAGGGGGCCAGGCAGAGCCUAAAGCAGGUGGAGGUCUCUCCUCUCCUCUGCCAGGUGGCGCCCCAAGAGAUGGCCUUCACCCCAAUUCUGCACAAGGUGGAGGUCUCUCCUCUCCUCUGCCAGGUGGAGCCCCAAGAGAUGGCCCUCACCCCACUUCUGGACAAGAUGCUGAGAAGCGGCUGGGCAUCUCCCUUCACACAGGGGACAUUCUGGCUAUUCUCUUUGGAUCCCUUUUUGUGGCCACAGCGCUCGCCUUCCUCUUCUACGUUCGCAAGCACCGGAGGCAGGCAAGCAGGACACACGCCACAAAGCCCGCUGUCCUCUACCCUCUGGCCUCCACUGAUGAGCAGGCACUGUAGCUGGCAGCCCCCAGGCCACGUUCCGCCCCUCGCCCUUGGAGCUCCUUCCUGCCCCAGCCUCUUCCAAGCCCCAAGCGCCUAGCCCCCCCUCUGCUAGCAGCCGGGGUGGUGCUCAGGCCAGCCGGAGGAAGAGCAGCCGGAGGAAGACGAGAGGGGCUGCAGAGGGCUGAGAAGAAUCCCCUCUGGACUCCUGGGAAAGCCAAGCUGCCUGCCUAAAAUUCAGCCCGCCAGGCUCCCGAGAUGCUGCUUCCAGCCAGAAACCUGUGACUUACCUUCAGACGGGCUGCCAGGCACAAGCCUUGCCCAGCGGCUACCUGGAGGGCUGGAGCCAGAGAAAGGCAGGGAAGAUUUAAGGCUGGGUCCUGUCACUCUCUCCCCCUCUCCCCACACCCUUCUUGUUGGGAAACCUCAUUGGCCAAAAGCUGGACUGGUCUGAUUAAUGGCUUCUUUAUGGCCUGCACAAACACGGCAGCCUUGCCCCUCGGCCGCCGGCCGACUGGAAGUGUUCUUCGCAAGCUGCCACCGGGAUGGCAACGGCCUGAAAACCUGCAGACUCUCAACCUUCUUCACACAAAACCCAAAUGAAACCGCAGAUUCUAAAAAAAAAAAGGUUUAUUUCGGGAAUGUGCUACUUCCCCCCCCCAGCCACUCCCCCCCCCCCGCGGCCUUUAAACAAAGCGCAGCUGUUGGGAUGCAGCCCCUUGCAAAACAGAUGUGCUGGGCAGAACACAAUUGGCAUUGGCACAAGUGGCCCAGGAAAACAGUAGAGCAGGAAGGGCGAGGAAUCGGCCUGGGGAAUGGGGGCUUCCUCACCCCUCCCCUCCAUUUUACAGGGGAUUCCUCCAUCGGCAGAAGCCGAGGCUACCCAAGGCCCCUUCCUGGUCUGCGGGUGGGUGGAGGGAAGGGUCUGAAGCAACUGCAGGCAAAGGAUGACCUGCCCCUUCCCUCCAAGCUCCCAGUAAAAGUGCCACCAAAACAGGCCAAUU